AUGGGACUUGUAGGCUCCCUUGCCAAUAAAUGUCAGAUGGCAAACCAGUCCAAGCUCUUUUACCAGAAUAUUAUUGGCUUGUACAUGUGGUGGAGUUUUUGGCUCUUGGCAGAUUCUAGACCCCACAGUCUUAGUCAGUCAGUCUCCCAGGACAUUUUCAGUCAAUUAUUUUCUUUCUUGCAGCAUCUGGAAGCCCAGGCCAGCAUAAUCAUCCACCCGGGCUCACGGUAUCUCCGCCUAGGUCGUCCCUCUGACUCAGUGCCUCACACCGUCCUUCAUGCCAUCGCUCGCAAGAGGAAAAAGGGACUGCCGGUGUAUAGUGAUGCUUUUCUCAUUCCUCAGGCUAAGUUGGACAGAGAAGCUGUGCAAGAGCUAGAGGAAUGUCGUUUGAAGGUGAGCCACAUUCUGCAGUCUUCCUUAAUGUCUGACGGAUCGCGGAGAUUCGCCACACCGCCACAGCAGAUUGCAGCAUACAAUAAGCGCUUGCAACCCGUACAGGAGGAAACGGCCGAACCUUCCCCGCCCUGGGUCCACAGCGACAAGGAGUUUAUUGUUGGUGAUGAGAUCCUUUCCCUCCAUCCUUCGGAGGAGUACAACAUCCACUUCCCCCUUGUCCGCGGAGACCUGAACAUUCACAAGGGCUUAGGGGGCUCGAUCAGCGCAGUCCUGGCCGACUUGGAGACGAUUUGGGGACACUGCAUCUCCACUGUCCUCAAUGUGCCUAUCAAAGAUCUAAAGUUCUAUCGCGCUGUGCUCCUUAUCCCAGACAUAUACAACCGGGACUACGUCAAGAAACUCACCAACCUGCUACUCAACGGCCUAGGCUUCGGUGGAUGCUUUGUCCUGCAGGAUCACGUAGCGGCAACUUUCGGUGCAGGCCUUGGCUAUGCAUGUGUGGUGGACGUUGGCGACCAGAAGACCUCCGUGUCAUGUGUGGAGGAUGCCAUUUCACACCCUGCUACCAGAUUGAGAAUAGACUACGGAGGAGCGGACGUGACGCAGGUGUUCCACUGGCUGCUCAAGAAGAGUGGGUUUCCGCAUCAGGUCAACCCGGCCAAUAAGCUCGAUGCCAUGCUGCUGAGCAAGCUGAAGCACGAGUUUUGCCAUGUCAAUCUGAACGUAUGUGGUGCCCAGGAGAAGAAGUUCACCGUGCACACUCCUGGAAAAAUGCCCAUCUCCUACACCAUUCAGAUGGGUGAUGAGCUGAUCGUGGCGGCUCUGAGCCUUUUCUAUGCCGACUUGCUCAAGAUUACUGGGCCUAAGAUGAUGCACACACAGAAGCCUAAUGUGGGUGAUCCAGACGACCCCUUUGACGAGAAUUACCUGCGAGAGACGAGUCACUUGAUCUGUGGGGUGUGGCAGUAUGCCACUGUGAGCCGGGGUCACCUUGUUGCCAUUAAUCUGAAGAGCGUAGAGUUUUUAGAAAUUUUCUUAACCUGUCAAGAAGAGGAGGAAGAGAAGCUGCCGAGGCCAUGGACGUUGGGGGGGGGAGACGCAGGGGACGGAGGAGACGAGGACAUCGUGGUGGACGACCAGCCCCUCCCCCCCUCGCAGAUUCCCUCCUCCUCGUCGGCGCGAAACGACUCCCUCGCCUUCAACUCUAACGAGAAGCUGCUGUCGCUGGAGCAGGCCAUUUUGACGAGCAUAGACAGAUGCCAAAGUGACGAGAUGAAGAGGAAGAUGUACAGCAGCAUCUUGAUGGUGGGGGGAGGAGCCAAGUUCGAGAGCCUCGGCAAGUGGCUGCAGAGUCGACUCUUGUUACAGAUUCCUGUUGCAUAUCGUCCAGAACAAAUCGAGAUUAUAACCCGCGCGAAGGACAUGGAUCCGUGCAUGACGGCGUGGAAAGGCGCCGCGCUCAUGACCUGUCUGGAAGGUAGUAACGAGCUGUGGAUCCAGCAGGCGGAGUGGAACAAGCAUGGGGUCAAGAUCCUUCGGGAGAAGUGCCCUUUCAUAUGGUAGCCAGUUGAGGGGUGGGUGUGCGUAUGUGUGCGUAUGUUUGCGUAUGUGUGUUUGUGAAUCAAGUGUAAGUUAAAGUAAGUGAUAAAGUGAUAAAAUAUUGGUUUUAU